CUUGGCCUCGAGAGUCCACGGUGGCAUCCCGCAGAGCGCAGCCCCCACACCACAUGUCACCACACCUUCCUGCAGAUGAUGAUGAGGCGAAGAACACCCACCACCCGCAAAGAUCGGGAGCAGCAACCAACUCCCAAAGCUCCGCGCGCCCGCGUAACAGAAAAAAAAAACAGGGGAUCUUUCGCAGCCAGUGAGAUGGCGGGAGGACGAAUGGAUUAACAUCUUCCUGCCCGCCUGGAGAACGGAAGCGCAGCACGACCUUGGUUGAAUCGACUUUGAAUCCUUCCUGAUUGUGUUCGCCAGUCAUGUCAUCCAAUUCCUCGGCGCCUCCCCCGUCAGCCGCUCCGCCGCCGUCACCGGACUUGUCGCCUCCACCGUCGCCGCCAACCGCCAAUUCGUCUUCUCCGGCGCCGACCAACUCCGACGGCCCCUCGCCUCCACCGGCGCCGUCCAACAGCAGCUCCCAUGGCGCUCCGUCGUUACCGGCCGGGAACCCCUCUCCGCCAUCCGAGUCCUCCCGAGGCUCGAGCAGGCCGUCGUCGUCGCAGGCUUCCACGCGCCGUGUCGGCUCAAACACCACGGCCGAGAUCAUCUUCGCCGUCGCCGGGGCGGCCGCGCUCCUCGCCCUCCUCGUCACCGCCUGCGUCUGCUGCUCCAGGAGGACGGCGCCCAGGAGGCGCCGCCGCAAGCCUCAAAAUCCCAUGCAUCUCUACGCAGAUUCCUCCGCGUACAAAGGUAACAGCUCGUACUACACCAGCGAGCCGCAGCCGCAAUGGCAGAGUGACGCCAACGCGGGGGCGCCGUCGAUGAGCGCGCCCGGGCUCGGCUCGCCGGGUUGCUCAAGCUGGCACGUGCCGCCACCCGACACGAGCUCCGGCACGCACGGGCAGCCAAUGCCUGGGCUGGGCAAGGGCAAGGGCACGUUCACCUACGAGGAGCUCGCGUUGGCGACGGGCGACUUCUCGGCGGCGAACUUGCUCGGGCAGGGCGGGUUCGGGCACGUGCACAAGGGGGUGCUCCCCUGCGGCAGGGCGGUGGCCGUGAAGCAGCUCAAGUCCGGGAGCGGGCAGGGGGAGCGCGAGUUCCGUGCCGAGGUGGACAUCAUCGGCCGGGUGCACCACCGCCACCUCGUGUCUCUCGUCGGCCACUGCGUCGCCGGCGACAGACGGAUGCUCGUCUACGAGUUCGUCCCCAACAAGACCCUCGAGUUCCACCUCCACGGUCAGUGCCUCAUAUGGCCAUGCAAGCACACCUUUCAGGAUUUCAUUGGCACGCACGACAUUAACUGUUCUUUCACCGCAAGAAAUCAAUCGUUUUUUCGUCAGGUAAAGGGCUGCCGGCGAUGGCAUGGGCGACGAGGCUGCGGAUCGCGCUCGGGGCGGCCAAGGGGCUCGCCUACCUGCACGAAGACUGUACGCCAUCCACGGAUCAUCCACCGGGACAUCAAGUCGGCCAACAUCCUCCUGGACGACAACUUCGAGGCCAUGGUGGCGGACUUCGGGCUGGCCAAGCUGACAUCCGGCGACAGCGACAGCGAGACGCACGUGUCGACACGGGUGAUGGGCACGUUCGGGUACCUGGCGCCGGAGUACGCGUCGAGCGGGAAGCUGACGGAGAAGUCGGACGUGUUCUCCUACGGGGUCACGCUGCUGGAGCUCGUCACGGGGCGGCGGCCCGUCGACGCCCGCCGCCCGUUGCUGGAGGAGGACGACGGGCUCGUGGACUGGGCGAGGCCGGCCAUGGCGCGCGCGCUGGCGAGCGGCGACUACGGCGGCGUGUCCGACCCGAGGCUGGAGGGCGGCUAUGAGCCGGCGGAGAUGGCGCGCGUGGUGGCGUGCGCCGCGGCCUGUGUAAGGCAGUCGGCGAAGAAGCGGCCCAAGAUGGGACAGGUCGUGAGGGCGCUCGAGGGGGACAUGUCGCUGGAGGACUUGAAUGAGGGGGUGCGGCCCGGGCGGAGCGGGGUGUUCGACGCGGCCGCGGAGUCGUCCGGGUACAGGAAGGAGGCUCCGGCUGCUACAGGGUCAUAACUCGUAAGCGUAGGCAUUGGCUGGAUCAGGCAGAUGGCCAUGGCGAUGAUGAGCCCAGAGCACCGUGGCUCGACGAGAUGAGCCCGGUGGGGAAGGAAGGUGCCGCAGCACGGGGCCGUCGGCAGCCGCUCUGACCGAAUUUUGUUUGCCAGGGCGGGUGUUGGCGUCGUACGGCUGGGUGGUGUGCUAUCCUUCUGUAGUUCUGUGGUGGAUGGAGCCGACACGUCGUGUACGUGUAUACUUGUGGCGUGCUGACCAUGCCAUGUUUGGAUACAGGAAGGGGUAAAUACAAAGUGGACCAAAUACAUGCUACAGUGUAAAGUUUCACUGGAUCCGAUUUAAACGGACAAAACUAGUUAAGCCGUGACCUAUCGAUACAACAUAUUUUGUUA